CUGAAAUUGACGCCCAAACCACGACUAAGAGAAAAAAUCAAAACCCUCAGAUGAAUCUAGAGGGUUUCGUUUUUCACCAAAACAAUCUCUAUUCUAUUCUUCUUCAACACUGCAAAACUUGAGAUAAAAAUAGAGUCUUUCCUCUUGUUUUUCUCUUUGUUUUGCUGAUUGUAUCUCACUAAGCUGAAGAAGCAAACAACAAUAGAAAAGAGAUGCGAGCAAUUCACAUCGUGACGACGCGAUUGAGCUCCAGCUUUAUUAGGCCUGUUCUUCUUGACUUCGUUUCUUGUUCGCCUCUACGCCAGUUCUCUACCCCUAGGCGCUUUAUCUGUGCCGCGAGCAAGGUCAAUGGAGGAGGCAGGUCAGGUUCGAUUGUUGCUCCAUUGGUAGUGAAUGAAGAAUUUCAGAACAUCGAUGUCAAUCCUCCUAAAGGAACUCGUGAUUUCCCUCCUGAGGAUAUGCGACUCCGCAACUGGCUCUUCAACCACUUCAAAGAGGUCUCACGGUUAUUUGGGUAUGAGGAAGUGGAUUUUCCAGUACUGGAGACGGAGGCAUUGUUCAUCAGAAAAGCUGGGGAGGAGAUUAGAGACCAACUUUACUGCUUUGAAGAUAGGGGUAAUCGCCGUGUAGCAUUGAGGCCUGAGCUUACACCUUCUUUAGCGAGGCUUGUCAUACAGAAAGGAAAAUCUGUUUCCCUUCCAUUGAAGUGGUUUGCUGUUGGGCAGUGUUGGAGAUAUGAGAGAAUGACACGAGGAAGGCGACGUGAGCAUUACCAGUGGAAUAUGGAUAUUAUUGGUGUGCCUGAAGUUACAGCUGAAGCAGAACUAAUUUCAUCUAUAAUGACAUUCUUCAAGCGAAUUGGAAUCACUGCAUCAGAUGUGGGUUUUAAGGUUUCAAGCCGCAAGGUUUUACAAGAAUUUUUAAAAAAGUAUGGUGUACCCGAAGACCUGUUUGGAAGAGUUUGCUUCAUUAUAGACAAGGUUAGCAAUCUAAACAUCAAUUAACAGCUGCUUUGUUGCCAGAAUUGGGACAAGAAGUAGAGAACAUCGUGUGUGCUUUGGACAAAGAUCUCCAAGGAGCUGCAACCACCAUUGCAACCGCUCUUAAAGACAAAGGGCAAACCGUUGAUUUAGUAUUGGAGAGUAAACCGCUGAAAUGGGUGUUCAAGAGAGCGGCUCGGGUAAACGCAAGAAGGCCGGUUCUGGUUGGGAAGUUGGUUCGGUCAGUGUCAAGGUUUUGUCUUCAGGUGAGCAAUUUCAAGUCAAACUUGAUGACUUGGAGUAGUAGUAUCUAAGGCUUGAACAAAUUGUUCAAUUGUCCUUUUUUUCAAAAGCAAUUGAGUUGAGAUUGGAUUUUUAUUUUGUCCUCAAAGGUUUCAUUAAGAAUUUUAUUGAUGGAUCUUCAAUACUCGUUUAUUCGUCUAAUAGUGAUUUACAAAAUAUACUUUUUGACUUCGAAUC